CGGCCCAGCCCAGCCCGGGUGCAGCCGGCGGCGGGGGCGGGCGCUGCCGCGCCGGUGCCGCUGGGGCUGGGGCACGGCGGAGCGCGGCGGCGGGAUGGGGUUGGCUUCCUGAAGCGGGGGGUGAGGGCGGGAGGGGGCUGGUUUUUACGUUUCGGUCCCUCUCCGCCCCCCUCCUGCUUCUCUCUCUCCCAAGUUCGCUGCUGUGCCGCGGCCCCUCCGGAGCGGCUGGCUGCGGGCUGCCCCUGCCCCGCUCCCGGCGCUGCCCGCGGCGGGGCGGGCGGGGACAGCGGGGAGCCGAGGUGAAGGCAGGGAGCGGCCCACCGCCCCCGGGGAGGCUCCGCUCCGGGGAGCAGUGGGGGGAGGCGGUUGGCACAGGCGCCGGGUUCCGCCGCCCGCCCCCCGGCACCGCCGCCGUCUGCCCAGCGCCGGCAGCCCCGGGAGAUGGUGACACAUGAAGCGUGCGGGAAGGACCAUGGUUGAGAGGACCAGCAAGUUCUUGCUGAUCGUGGCCGUCUCGGUGUGCUUUAUGCUUAUCCUGUACCAGUACGUGGGGCCGGGGCUGAGCCUGGGUUCCCCCAGCGGCCGCUCCUACUCGGAGGAGCUGGACCUGUUCCCCACGCCGGACCCGCACUACGUGAAGAAGUACUACUUCCCCGUGCGGGAGCUGGAGCGGGAGCUCGCCUUCGACAUGAAGGGCGAGGACGUGAUCGUCUUCCUGCACAUCCAGAAGACCGGCGGCACCACCUUCGGCCGCCACCUGGUGCAAAACGUGCGGCUGGAGGUGCCCUGCGACUGCCGGCCCGGGCAGAAGAAGUGCACCUGCUACCGGCCCAACCGCCGGGAGACCUGGCUCUUCUCCCGCUUCUCCACGGGCUGGAGCUGCGGGCUGCACGCCGACUGGACCGAGCUCACCAACUGCGUGCCCGGAGUGCUGGACCGCCGGGAGAGCGCCGCCGCCAAGACGCCCAGCCCUCAAAUGCAGGCAGUCCUGGCCCAGAAAUUCAAACCACAUAGAGGGAAUACAACCACAAGGAAGAAAUCUUUGACUUUGAAAACAGAAGAACGAAGAGAAGAAACCCGAAAAUUUUACUACAUCACAUUGCUGAGAGACCCCGUAUCUCGUUACCUCAGCGAAUGGCGUCACGUCCAACGAGGAGCUACUUGGAAGACCUCCUUGCACAUGUGUGAUGGCAGGACACCAACUCCUGAAGAGCUGCCGUCGUGCUACGAGGGCACGGACUGGUCGGGCUGCACACUGCAGGAGUUCAUGGAUUGCCCCUAUAAUUUGGCCAACAACCGUCAAGUGAGGAUGUUGGCUGACUUGAGCUUAGUGGGCUGCUACAACAUGUCUUUCAUUCCCGAGAACAAGCGAGCGCAGAUCCUGCUGGAGAGCGCAAAAAAGAACCUCAAAGACAUGGCCUUCUUUGGCCUGACAGAGUUCCAGAGGAAGACUCAGUACCUGUUUGAGAGAACUUUCAACCUGAAAUUCAUCCGGCCCUUCAUGCAGUACAACAGCACAAGGGCCGGAGGGGUGGAGGUGGAUAACGACACCAUCCGCAGGAUCGAGGAGCUCAAUGACUUGGACAUGCAGCUCUAUGACUAUGCAAAGGACCUCUUCCAGCAGCGCUACCAGUACAAGCGGCAGCUCGAGAGGAUGGAGCAGAGGAUAAAGAAUCGGGAAGAGAGGCUUCUUCACCGGUCCAAUGAAGCGCUUCCCAAGGAAGAGACCGAAGAGCAAGGACGCUUGCCCACUGAGGACUACAUGAGCCAUAUUAUAGAGAAGUGGUAGCCUAGGCAGACUUUUAUAUUAAUGAUAUUCUAGGGUUUCCAUAUAAAAGAUCAUGGAAGUAAAAUUACAAAAAAACAACAGAAGUAUUUUAUUUAAAAGCAAGUCUGUAAAACAGAAGAUAGAUUGCUUCCUUAAGCGUAGGGUCUUUUUACUGUUUCUUACAACAUCGAUGAGAUUCUUAAAAAAAAAAGAAAAUAAAUGCAUAAAAAUAAAAAAAGGGUCAACAUUAUAAUGCAGAGGUAAAAAAUGCACAAAUGCAGCUACCCACUCUUAAGGCCAAAUACAAAAGGAUGUUUCUUAUCCUCACAAUUCAAACACAAAUGGCAGAAGUAGGAUUUAAAAAAGAAUCUGUUUAUCCCCUGAGCAUAAUGACAUACAUAAUUAAAAUACAAGGAAACAGAGGUUUUCUUCUGCGGGUGUUUUUGGAGGUGGGAUGGGAAUCGCAUUAUGAUAACGGUGACGAAGCUGAGGAUGUGCUCCCCUGUCAGGCUGGGUCUGAGCAUAGAGGCGGUCACUUGGGUUCAGCUGGCAGCCACUGCCGGGAAGUAGAGCACCAUGAAAGUAAACAAAAAGGAGACAAACGUCAGAGGAUGAGAAACAUUAAAGCAAAUUGACUAUGGCCUAGGAUAUCUACUUAGCACAGUGGUUUUGAUACAUUGCACUGGUAUCACAUAUACAUACGCAGCUUCAUCACAAAAAUAAUUGGGAAUUCACGCGCAGAUUUGUUUCACAGACAGGUCCCAAAACAAGUUAAAAGCUGAUCAAAUUCUCUGUAGGCUCAAACAUGCAUUCACAUGCCAUCCUGUCACCCCACACAGCUGCCACUCAUGCCUUCAUCAGUACUGUGUGUUAGCAGCACAUGCAAACCCUAUCCUCAUACUGAAAAAAGGAAGAAGUAGCUAAAUAGCAAUACUCCCUCAUAAAUCUGCACAAGUUCCAGGAAGACCCUACAAAUAAUCAGUUGUUAACGGGAACAUGACGAGGGGGUGAUUUUGUUUUGUUUGUUGCUAUGUGAAAUACUGAACUAGAACAAGCGUACAGACGUACCUGUAGCUGUAGUUUUUCAGUUACUUUUAUUUGCUUUUAUCAAGAGAUGAUGGGCAUCAGCCUGCUUCCAGUGAAGUCACUAGAACUGAUUUAAGUGGGAACAGGAUGGGGCUCUCUUCCAGAGCUGUGAAAAUUUCUGACUAUGGGUCUGAAUUAAUUAUGAGACAGUGCACAUUGUCUUUUGGCAGGGUGCCUGUUCUGCAGCUCUUUCUUUAAAUGAACAAGCUGUGUUCAUAAAACUGGAAAGGGGAAUCAUGGAUGAUGUUUUCUUAGUCUCAGACCACUUUCAAAGCAGAACCCUUUCUCUUUCAAUGUUGUUUUUUAGGGACUCAUGUAAGUUUAAUCCUCCAGUGUGGUGACAGUCUAACCAGGUUCUGCUUAUUGACUUUUGAGUCACAGAACAACAAUAACUUCUCUAAUUCCUCUUCCCACUCACCAAAUUAAAGUAUGGCUUAUUUUCUUGCUGUUGCAAGCACUUCUUUGUUUCGCUGGAAGCAUGGAAAUGAAGCAGUUUUUGCCUGUUUCACGUCUCACGCCGUCAUUGCUCAGCCUGUAAGACCUGAACCAGCUAUUGUUUGGGGUAAACUAUGAACUAAAUGGAAUAUGAUUUGAUUUUCAAAGGCCAUGUUAACUGCAGAUCAAAUAUGGCAUUGAAGUCACUGGAGGAGAGGCAGAGAGCUGACGCAUUCAGUUUUAGCGUGUCGUUUUUACAGUGUCCCUUUCCCAUCACAUGAAUCCACUGAAGUGCUGCUUGUUUUGUGUUUCAAUUCGCUCUCUCUGCCUCUGUACGCACCUUCCAACAGCUUCAAAUUCAGACUGAGUUUUGCAAAGGAGGUGGCUGCCUUUAGCGGAGGAGCUGCCUCAUUUCUUGUGCACACACCUUGCUUUUGGAGGUGUCCUUCUCCAGAAGAGUGAAGAUGAUGACUAAAAACAUUGACUAAAAAAAAUACAAAUGGCACUUUGGCUUCAAAUACAACCCUGUUACUGCCUCCAUCCAAAGUCCACUGAAGUCGAAGGAUGUCUUUCCUACCGAUUUCAGGUGGAUUUUGAUGGGCUCUGCACCCUGGUGCUGCCAGGUGCCCAAGCACACGCUCGUCCAUCUCCGGGCACGGUGGGACGUUGUUCCUCUUGCAUUGGGCUGGUGCCACUAUUCCGUAGUGGUGUCACUGUCUUAACGUUCUGCCACAAAACGGCCCCUGUUCCCAGAGAUGUAUAGCUUGGCCACAAGCGUUUCCUCCUAGCUGAAAAGUGGGAAGCAAAAUGAAGCAAUUUUUGGUUGUUGGCUUGGGGGCAGAAGGUAUUGCAAAUCCAUUUGCUCAUCCCUGAAUUCCAAGACUGGGAGGAGCUAUGUCUGCUGUUUCCCAGCGCUUCUAUGCGUUGCUGUAGCUAAAGAAAACAUUUAUAUUUAAAAAAUGCAAUUUUACAGGCUGUUUACCCACAAAAGUGAUACACAAGAUAUAAAAAGCAACUGGUUUAUCUGCACAGUCUCCAGCUUUCCCCAAAGGCUUUUCGCUGCGCAUCCUGCAUCAUGGAUCCGUAAUGCACAAGCGGUUACUGCAGCUAAUUAAUCCCUGUCGCAGGUGGCAGCGGCGCAGCAGGUCUGUGUGUGCCGGCACGCACCUCUGAGCGCCGUUCCGUACCCAAGGCCAAAUCCUGCUCUCGCCGACCAAAAGGUGACAUUGAACGGGACUGGGUGUGAUUAGGACCUGUUACGUUAUCUGCUGUGGUUUGCCCACGUUGUUUCUGUGUUAUGGGCCCUGAGUAACCAGCUGGAUUUUAAUGGAUCUGUCUGCAGCAUUCCCUAAAUCAGAAGCAGCCUCUGACCCUGGAAGCAUGUCAGUACAAGACCUUGUUACAACAUUUUCUUUGUAAUAUAUUACAGUAACAAGCAAAAGAGAUGAAACAAUAUUGAAAAUUGUCUUGUUAACAGUUUCACUUCAACCCACAAAAGGAGGGCCAACCUCAGUUUAGCACCACAGCAGAAAUUUCUAUAUUCAAAUGCCUCAGAGUCUCCACCUGUAUGUUGAGAAUAACAAAUUUACACACUGUAAAAACUUACACCAAGGUAUGAGAAGUACAGGGCAGUUUGAAUCAGAUUCUAAGUAUCAGAAACAAAGAGAAUGACCCAAAAGCCAUCACUCACCCUGGCUGCUCUGCUGGUCUCUUCACAGCUGUAGGUCGUGUUUUAAAUUAAUCUAAGUGCUGUGUGCCAGAGCAUGGGUUGCAGGACGUACCUGGCACUGUCUUCUUCCUUUAGUGGGUUUAAGGGAACUUUCUUAACAUAAUGUGAGUGUAGUUUUUUGUGAUUUCUAUGUACUACAGUCUGAAGUGGUACAAUUUCUUUUUAUUUUUAGGACUGAUUAUGUGAUGCUACAAUAACAUGAAAAAUGCGUAGUUUUUGAAAUGGAGAAUAGCUUUAAGGCACUCCAGCAGAAGUAGUGGCCAGAUAGCACAGUCUUGUUCAAGAUCUGCCCCUUUCUUCCAAAAUGUUUUUCCUGUGACUUCCAGACACACUGAGACUACGUGAAGUGUUCCUUCAUGGGGCCCAUCAGUGCAUCACGGUCCAGACCAGGAUAGGUGAGUGCUGGGUACAGCCAGGGCAGGCGCAAGGUUGUCACCCAUCUCUUACUGGAGAUGGUGAGGUGACUCCCCUGGAAUUCAGAUUUGGCCUAGUUGGGUGCUUACCCAUCCCACGGUGUUUCUGCCGUGGUUCUGGGGUUACCCCGUGAAAAGCCUUUACAAAAGCUGAGGAGGCAUAAGGUGUUUCUAAGGGUUUAUGCAGUGAGUGGUAUUAGUGUGAGGGAGCAUUUUGGAGAGGCAGUUGUCAGUACCAGGGCAAAGACGAUGGCUCAGCCUCUGCCAUCCCGCACUGUGCUGCCCCUCGCAGACAGGAUUUCCUAGCGGACUCCAUCCUGCUUUGGGAGGGCGGAAAGGCCAAGAUGCUGCAGUGCUAAGGAGGACGAGGAUGGUCUUUUUUGCUUUUAGUCACCUCAGCAGUGUUAAUUUCACUGCUUGGUAGGUGGUGUUGCUGAAGAAAACUUUUUAUUGCUCACUCAUCUCAUCCCAGCUAGCUCUGUCAAAGGCACUGGCCUCUUCCAAAGUCUUCCAGACAGUCAGAUUCCACCUUGUACCCUACCCAGGUCACCAAAUCCAGGAUUGACUGGUAGGGUUGCAGACCCAGGCUGUCGUGGGGUUCAAAGUCAUCAAAAAAAAAACUCUCAAUAGUGCAUCAGGGUGAAUUACUGACUUGCCUGAAUUUCUCCCUUUGUGCCCAACAAUUCGGAAUAAAUGGGGAGCCCUUCAGGUUGAUAUUUUUGCAGCCUGUAGUCCUUUACUUGCUUACAAAACUGGAAUGGCAAUAGAAGCAGCACAGGGAGGGUCCCAACAAGCUUUUGAAUCCUCUCCCCCAGGGCUGUAGCAGCAGAAAGGGCAGCGCAGUUGCUAAGAGUACGAGCGAGACGGAAGGACCACCACAGAGGCACUGCAGACACCUGUCAAUGAGGAGGUUUUCCUUCUGAACCCAUCAAAUCACUUCACAGAGACCACUGAGCAGCUACAGAAGGUAAUGACUGACAGUGCAGAGCAGGGCCUGACCAAGGUUUAUUUCCUGGGGUUGAAAGCUUCUCUGGCUUCUUACUGACAUUUAGUUACUGAGACUCCCUCGUGUCCCACAGAAUAUUUCAAAGGUCUCAAAAAUGCAUAGCACUGCAGAAAUCUGCCACACAGACCAUGCUAAAUGCUGUAUUUCCAGGGCUGUAACUGGGUAUGCAGCUCACACUAUCUCCUGGAAUCCAAUCACAGGGCUGGCUGCGUCACAUUUUUGUUCUUGUUUUCACUAAGACGAACAGAUCGCGUUCCGGCGGCAGAAGCGCAUGCAGGAUUUGCUGCCUGAGCAGCAGAGCCAAGCCCUUAAAGCAGCGCUCAGUCGGCGGCAGCUCAGGUGAAGCAGCGGGCAGCGGAGCUCGAGUCUGCACACAGUCCGGGCUGUCCAUGGGUGUUUGUCCUGCCCCAUCCGCAGCUGUUCUGCCAAGGGGAGCGCAGUCCCGGUGAGCACGUGGGUAUUAACGCCUGUACUGUCCCAGCUGCAGGUGGUUUGCUCUAAUUUCUAGCCAUGCAAGCGUGAAAAAACACAAAAAAUAAGGAUUUGCAAAUGAGUUUGUCUCAUCCCUCAAAGCCCCACAAUUCCACAUCCCUCCUUCCCCCCAAGCGUCAAUUCUGCAGACUGGAUUGAGAGAGCUGUACUAUAAUGAAUAAUUUUAUAUUCAAAUGGUUUACUGAGCAUGAUUUGUUUUGUACAUAUUGGAAUAUGAUUUAACUUAUUGCCCCUUUUCAUCUUUUCUUUUUUUUCAUAAGGAAAAGACAAAAAUCCCCACCCUCUCUCUCAAUGUGAAGUUCCGCUGUGUUUGUGUGCAGUCUGCCAGGCAAACACGCCACAGCCACAGGAUUUCUCACCAUCCUACUGGUAUCUGAUUUUAUUUUUCACUGGCAUUUGUUUUUGUCUGAGGCUUUGCAUAUAUUGUCCCUUUUUUCCCCUCUGGUGCACAGACUGCACAGGGAAGGGAAAGGGCAAUGCAGGCAUGACUUUUUUUUUUCUCCUUCCCUAUUUCUUGUGUAUUUUACCUACCAAGGAACUCGGUUGUUACCUUCUAGGAGUUGUGUGGCUGAGGGUAAAACAAUACAACUUUCUCCCCACCCACCUUCCAUCCUUCAUGUUGUAGAUCAAGCAGAUUCAGCUUCUCUGAAAGUGAUUGUGGCUGGAGUCAUUCCAUUGGGCUGAAUGUGUACGGUUUGCACUUCUUUUUUUUUCCCACUUCAGGAACUUAAAAACAACAAAAAAAUAAAAGACAACUGUUUAACUUGAGCCAAGUAACACUUAAAGCUUUAUAUAUUUAUUUAUAGCAUCUUACAAAAAAAAAAAAAAAGGUGUUAAAAGGUUUUUUUUCUUUUCUUCCACAAGAAAAAUUUGAUUUAAUAAGAAUAAUCAUCUAAUUGUUUCUGUCUAGAUCAAGAAUGAAUGUUAGCAGAUGAAAUAAACCCUAAAGCUGA